AUGGUGAAUCUGCAGAAUGUUUUGAAUGGCAGAUGGUGGCUUCAGUCCCGUUUACAAGGGGAAGCUAAUGGAUGGUUAGGAAAUAGCAAUGAAAAGAUUGCCGGCACAUAUGGAUAUGUGGCGCCCGAGUACAUCAUUCAUGGCCAGUUUUCAGCAAAAUCGGAUGCAUAUAGCUUUGGCAUUUUAGUUUUAGAGCUUGUGAUAGGACGAAAGACAAUUGGUUUUCAGGAAUCCAAAAGUGAUCUGGACCUUACAAACUAUACAUGGCGGCUUUGGAGCCAAGGAAAGUCAUUGGAGCUGAUAGAUGAAACUCUAGGAGGAAAUUACGAGCGAGCUGAGGUGCUAAGGUGCAUUCACAUUGGAUUGCUAUGUGUGCAGCAAGAAGCAACAGCGUGGCCCACCAUGUCACCAGUUCUUCUCAUGCUCGAUGCCUACUCUGUCACCCUCCCUGCUCCUUGGCAACCUGCCUUCUUCAUUGGAGAGACUAAUAUGGAGUUUGAUGUAUCCCCAACGGAUUCAAAUUUUCAUGAAAGUGAGACAGAUAAAAUCUGGAAGUUCGGUUCUGCCACUUUCUAG